AUGUCACGUCCUGAGGAGUUGGCACCACCGGAAAUUUUUUAUAAUGAUAGCGAAGCACACAAGUACACAGGUUCGACCAGAGUGCAGCAUAUCCAGGCAAAAAUGACGCUGAGGGCGUUAGAGCUUUUGAAUCUGCAGCCGUGCAGUUUCAUCCUAGAUAUUGGGUGUGGGUCUGGACUGUCUGGUGAGAUUUUGACACAGGAGGGAGACCAUGUGUGGUGUGGGCUGGAUAUAUCGCCUAGCAUGCUUGCAACUGGUCUUGGCAGAGAGCUGGAAGGCGAUUUGAUGUUGCAGGAUAUGGGUACUGGCGUGCCGUUCCGAGCAGGGUCGUUUGAUGCAGCUAUUAGUAUUAGUGCGAUCCAAUGGCUUUGCAAUGCAGACACUUCAUACAACGAUCCAAAACAGCGAUUGAUGAGGUUUUUCAAUACGUUGUAUGCUGCGCUGAAGAAGGGAGGGAAGUUUGUUGCCCAAUUCUACCCAAAAAACGACGACCAGGUGGAUGAUAUACUGCAAUCUGCCAAAGUGGCAGGGUUCAGCGGUGGGCUUGUGGUGGACAACCCAGAGUCUAAAAAGAAUAAGAAAUACUACCUUGUGUUGAGCAGUGGGGCCCCACCGCAGGGCGAGGAGCAGGUGAAUUUGGACGGUGUGACCAUGGACGAGGAGAACGUCAAUUUAAAGAAGCAAUUGCGCCAGCGCUUGAAGGGGGGCAAAGACAAAGAGUCUGCCAAGAGUUUCAUUCUAAGGAAGAAGGAGCUCAUGAAAAGACGUGGGAGGAAAGUCGCGAAGGAUUCCAAGUUCACCGGGAGGAAAAGAAGACACAGGUUCUAA